AUGAUGCAGAAUGGUCCUGUACAGGAGAUGAACAAUGGGACCGUACGGGAGUUCAUUCUGCUGGGCUUCAGGGUCGGACAACAGGGACGCCUGCUCCUUUUCGUCUUCUUUGUGGUCGUCUAUGCCCUCACUUUGGCUGAGAACUUCAUUAUCAUCCUGAUAGUCAUUCAAGACUCUCACCUUGCCCGUCUUCCCAUGUACAUCCUGUUGAGCAACUUCUCCUGGCUAGAGAUGUGUUACGUGAGCGCUACAGUGCCACGGAUGCUCUUUGACCUGGCAUCAUCCCACAAGGUCAUCUCCUUCCAUGCCUGCUUCCUCCAGUUCUACAGCUUCUUCUCCCUUGGCAAUACCGAAUUCUUCUUCCUCUCAGCCAUGGCCUUAGACCGCUAUUUAGCCAUCUGUCACCCGCUGCAGUACCCAAAAAUUAUGUCUCAAGAGGCCUGCUACAAAUUGGUGUCUGCUUGCUGGAUCUUUGGUUUCUCGUGGUACAUAGCACCAAUCUUCUUGAUCUCCAGGUUAUCCUUCUGUGGCCCCAACAUUAUUGACCACUUUGUGUGUGAUCCAGGCCCCAUCUUGGCCUUGGCUUGCCCGCCGCUAGGUUAUGUGCCUCUCCUCUUCAACAUCUUUGUCUCCUCCAUUGUUCUGGCCACCUUUCUGUUCAUUGUAGUCUCAUAUGCAUUUGUAAGCAUCAACCUGGUAAAAAGAUCUAGCCAAAGCAGCUGUGUGAAGGGCUUCUCCACGGUCUCUUCCCACCUCGCUGUGGUGACCCUUUUCUAUGGCUCUGUGGUGGCGAUGUACGUCAAACCAAACAGAGAAGAUCAUGCAGAGAUUACUAAGGUCGUGACUCUCUUCUACUCUGCAGUCACCCCUCUGCUUAACCCCCUGAUCUACUGCCUUAGGAAUGAGCAGGUGAAGGAGGCAUUGGCCAGACUCUUGCAAAGGAAGAGGAUGAAGCAGGCAGGAUAG